AUGCUACACAGUGGUAAACGACAUCGAGCGCUACUCUUGGGCAUUACACUCUUGGCUGCAUCUUCGCUGUAUUUGACGUGGUCAUUGGUUGAAUUCGCAAAAAGCGUCAAGAAUCUUGUCGCUGUAAAGGCUCACGCCAGAAGGAGCCAUGUAAUAAGGCCUCUGGAUUCGUAUUCAUUUAUCGGAGGUGACCAUCCAAAGCGCCUUCCAAUCGAAGAAAAACUUGUAAAGAUGGUCGUACAGGAGAGCGUGCAUUUCGACCUCGUUGCACCCGAGUCGGAGCAAGAGUGGUUGUGGACGGCGUCCGUAGGAGACGGCCAUAUUCGACUAGGAAAGGAGAAAAGGAUGUUCGCAGUCGCCAUGUUUCACGAACUUCAUUGCCUGAGGGCUAUUCGAAAUGUGAUAGAAAAAGGAUGGAACAACUUUACCCUACCACGACAGCACCAUAUUUUGCACUGCUUCAAUUACCUUCGGCAGUAUACGCUUUGUUCUGCGGAUGCGACGCUUGAACCUGGCGACUUUACGAAGCGAAAUUUCACUGCAGAGAGAUUUGGGGCAACACAUACGUGCGUGGAUUGGGAGCCGGCAUACGAAAUAGCAGAAGAGAAAUGGUCUGAGUGGACCGAAUUCCGCGUGGCUCAUGGCAUCCCAUGGCACGACGAUGUGACAUAG